AUGGCAGCCGGAUUGAUCAUGUCUAUGGGUACUUAUAACUUCUCUACGGCGCGCAUGAUCUUCGACGCCGAGUCAGAGGAGUGCGUUGAGUGCCAGACAAGCUCGUACACGGACGGAGUGCGCAACAAGGGGAACUGGGAUUUCAAGGCCAAGUUUCGGUUUCCGAACGGGGGCACGGCCGACGUCAAGAGUACCUUGAUUGGUCGUACGAACUGGACACCCUCUCAUGUCACGGUGACGACCAAGGCAGCUGUGGUCCCGGAUGACUCGCUGCCCGCCUCUCAGAAGAAGCUGCGGACUCGAGAGGUUACGCUGUACGGCCUCGUCCACGCUAUUGCCUGGAGUCGGAUUGAUGUGAAGGAUGUGGUUGAGAUUCGUGACAAGGACGGCGGGGGCAAAGUGGUCAGACGGUGGAUCAAGAAGACUUCCCACAAAGCUUAUAGCUUUCAAAAAGACGGGCGGGGCCGCGAGACGCAUCAAUGGGUCACCCACGAAGAUUCAAUUGCUGCUUCGAUGAAGAUGAUUGAUAUUGCCCAUGAAAAGACCGUCUUCCUUGAUGAAUAUUAG